AUGUUUUUUUUUUCAGUACCCAUCGUUCACAUAGAAGCUGUUGCUGGCGAUCCUGUAUACCUACCGUGUGAUAUAUCAACAGACGAACCCGGUGAUCAAGUCCUUUUGGUGCUAUGGUACCGAGAGGACUUAGGAACGCCAAUAUACAGCGUGGACGGUAGAGAAAGGGACUUCAGUUUGGCCGAAAGGUGGUCUGACGAAAACGUUUUUGCAAACAGAGCGUACUUCAUGCCAGAGAAAAAGCCAGCAGAGCUCGGGAUCGAUCACAUCCGCGAGACAGACCAAUCGGUCUACAGAUGUAGAGUUGACUUCAAGAUCGCGCAGACGAGGAAUAGUAAGGUCAACCUCACUGUGAUAGGAAAGGUAACAAUGUACUAA